GCAGCAGCAUUUAUGAAGUUAAGGUUUUCCUAUUGUAUUGGUGUAGAAUUUUAUAUAGCAUUUAUGGAUUUUUUUUUUUAUGAAAAAUUUGAAUAUGUACUCUCACUGAGUGCUUUAUUAGAAACACCCGUACUCCUACAAUCAUCCCAUUAUCUGCUUUAUUAGGAACAACCGUACUCGUACACAUUCAUGCAAUUAUCUAAUCAGCCAUUCAGGUGGCAGCAGUACAGUGUGUAAAAUCACGCAGAUAUGGGAUAGCAGCUUCUAGUAAUGUUCACAUCAACCAUCAAAAUGGGGAAAAAACGUGAUCAGUAAUUUUGAUUGUGGCAUGAUUGUUGGUGCUAGACAGGCUGGUUUGAGUACUUCUAUAACUGCUGAUCAUGCUGUUGUGCAUGAUGGUGAUCACCAACCCUCUUCCUUGAGAUCUGCCUUCCUGCAGGUUUCAUCUCCAACCAAAACCUAACACACCUGUUUUAGUUUACAUUACAUUUACAUUUAUGGCAUUUGGCAGACGCCCUUAUCCAGAGUGACUUACAAUUAUCUCAUGUAUACAACUGAGCUUGCUCAAGGGCCCAGCAGUGGCAGCUUGGUGGUGCUGAGAUUUGAACUCUCAACCUUCCGAUCAGAAGUCCAACGUCUUAACCACUGUAGUUGAUCAAGAACUUCUCAAGGCAAUGAUUAGAUGGUCAGGUUGACAUGAUUAUGGUUGGAGCUAAAGUCUUCAGGAAGCUAGAUCUCCAGGAACAGGGUUGGUGACCACUGCUCUAGAGUUUACUCAGAAUGGUGCAAUAAAGAAAAAACAUCCAGUGAGUGGCAAUUCUGUGGGUAGAAAUGCCUUGUUGAUGACAGAGGUCAACGUAGAAUGGCCAGACUGGUUUGAUCUGACAGAAAGGCUACAAUAACCACUCUGUACAGUUGUGGUGAGCAGAAAAGCAUCCCAGAAUACACAACAUGUCGAACCUUGAGGCGGAUGGGCUACAACAGCAGUAGACCACGUCGGGUUCCACUUCUGUCAGCCAAGAACAGAAAGCUGAGGCUGCAGUGGGCACAGGCUCACCAAAACUGGACUGUUGAAGACAGAAAAAUGUAGCCUGGUCUGAUAAAUCUAGAUUUCUGCCGAGGCACACAGAUGGUAGGGUCGGAAUUUGGCACCAACUGCAUGAAUCCAUGGACCCAGCCUUCCUUGUGUCACCAGUCCUGGCUGGUGGAGAUGGUGUAAUGGUGUGGGGGGUGUUUUUUCUUAGCACCAGGGUGUCUGCGGAUUCUUGAAAGAUCUUAAAAAGUCUUAAAUUCCUUAAUGUAAAAAUAAGGACUUAAUUAGCAUUAAAAUGUCUUAAAACCAUGAUUCAAAGAUCUUAAAAAUGCAACUGAACCGACACUGUAAAGAAGAAUUAGAUUUUAUUUUCACUCGUUUCUUUUUGUAAUCAUGUUAAAAAAAAAAAAGACAUUAGCAAAGUUUGAGCUUUACUCAUGGGAAAGUGUAGAUUUAAUGAAAACUGGUUACAUAACCCUAGUUUUGCAUCGUGGUUAAAACCAGUUAGUGGCAAUGUGUACGAGGUCCGAUGUAUAUUGUGCAAGAAAGUCUUAAAGCUCGGAACAAUGGGGAUCAAAGCUUUGAAGUCCCAUAUGAAGAGCGAAAAACACAAAGCAGUUGCUGAAACCUGUCAGAAAACUCCCAGCAUUUCUCAGUUCUGUUCCGUUGCGCCCACCUCACUACCACGGAGCACUGCUGCAUGCCAUGCACCAGCAUCAACUUCAGCAUCAAGCACCGUGGCUUCAGCUCCAGCAGACAUCCGAACUUGACUGGCUCCUUAGAUAGCCAAGCUCAUCGUUGCAUAUGUCAACAAGGAAAUGUUUGUUUUAAUGUUUGAUGAGCGCCUUAAUGAAACAUCCAAAAAUAAGCAAUUGGAUCGGCAUGUCCGAUACUGGGGAGAAGAUGAUGUCCAGCAAAGAUAGCUAUUGUUGCAAUUCAUGGGGCAUGGGACAGCUCAGGAUUUGCUUUACCAUUUGAAAGGACAAGCCAAAGAAGAUAUUUGAUGCUUACAUGGAGGUGAAAUAUUCUGAGACAAAAGGGCCAGAGAUGUGUUGGCUUUUCCCUGAGGACUAUACUGACCAGGAAACUUUGCAGACUGUGCCUAAGUUUUGUUUCCCUUUCAGUAUGGACAGUCUGGCAGUGAGACAGGACGGGCAAAACUUCACAUUUGUCCUGACUGAUGUCGAGAGUAAGCAGCGUUUUGGCUUCUGCCAAUUAUCAGAUGGAGCUCAUAGCGGCUGCUGCUUCCUCAGUUAUCUGCCAUGGUUUGAAGUUUUCUACAAACUGCUGAAUAUGCUGGUUAACUACACUAAUAAAGGACAGGAGAGUUUAAAGAAGGAAUUGUUGGAGUCUCUACAUGCAUUACCCAUUCCUGACCCUGGAAUGUCUAUAUACCUGAAUAUGCAAGCCUGUUUCACUGUGCCUGAUCUAAGGGAGUUGCCAAGUAUUCCUGAAAACAGAAACCUGACAGAGUAUUUUGUAGCAGUAGAUGUAAACAACAUGCUUCAUCUGUAUGCAAGCAUGCUGUACGAACGAAGAGUCCUAAUCAGCUCCAGCAAUCUGAGCACUUUAACAGCAUGUGUCCAUGGUGCGGCAGCCACGUUGUAUCCCAUGUACUGGCAGCAUGUUUACAUCCCAGUGCUACCACAGCAUCUACUAGACUACUGCUGUGCUCCUAUGCCAUACCUCAUAGGAGUCCACUCCAGCCUGAUGGAGAAGGUGCGGGUAAUGGCUCUGGAUGAUGUUGUAAUUCUAAAUGUGGAUACCAACACACUAGAGACUCCAUUUGAUGAUCUACAGAACCUUCCUAAUGAUGUGGUGUCGGCUCUAAAGAAUCGUCUGAAAAAAGGUUCCACUACAAUGGGAGAUGGGGCAGCACGAGCUUUUUUGAAAUCACAGGCAGCUCUGUUUGGCAGCUACAGGAGCGCUCUACGCAUAGAACCGGACGAGCCGAUUACAUUCAAUGAGGAUGCAUUUAUGACACACAGAUCCAACACAAUGAGACAGUUUCUCCAGAAUGCCACACAGCUUCAGCUCUUCAAACAAUUUAUAGAUGGACGUUUGGAACUGCUGAACUCUGGUGAAGGCUUCAAUGAUGUGUUUGAGGAGGAGAUUAACAUGGGAGAAUAUGCUGGUAGUGAUAAAGUAUACCAUCAGUGGCUUCUCACAUUUAAGAAAGGUGGCGGGGCCAUCUUUAACACUGUGAAGACAAAAGCAAAUCCUGCUAUGAAAACUGUGUACAAGUUUGCAAAAGACCAUGCCAAGAUGGGCAUCAAAGAAGUGAGGAGUCGUCUUAAGCAAAAGGAGAUGACAGAGAACAGCCACUCCAGCAGCAGAGAUGACUCUACCUCCACCCAUUCGGUGUCCACACAAAGAAAGGAUGCACACACCUGGGAACAGAGACGACCAAUUACAGUACACUUUGGACAGUCUUUCCAUCCUUGGCCGCUAGCAGCAAAGAGACCACGCAGCAACCUGGAAAUUGAGGGCAGUCAUGAACACUUUAUGCGCCCCACACGUCACUACACUGUGUUUCUGUGUGAGGACUCCUCUGGCGAUGAGCUGUCACAGGACGAUGACUUCAUUUCUGCUUUUCCUGAUCACUUCCUUCUCUCCACACCCUUUGAAUGGUCUCAAUCUUAUCAAUCUCUGAAGGACACAGAUCUUGUGGAAAAGAAAGGGGAAGUGAGGACAGUGUGUUUCCAGGGUAACACAACCAUGCAUGGGCCAAUACAUACUAAGUUAUCUGAGCUGAGUCUUUUAGAUGAUUCCUUCAGCAACCAGCAGAAGAAGCCUACAUAUGCCUUACAUACUAUAAACAGCGCACACACUGUGCUCGACACAGGACAGAGUCUAGAGGAGCUAAAUUCAGUCUGCAAUCCAAUUGAACAGCAUGGCAACUUCAGCUACCAGCACAUGGAGCUCAGUGGUGAUGAAAAUACUCAGACUUUUCUGGGCCUGAAGCACUCCAGUUACAACAAAUUUUGGAGCCAGAAGCUACCAGACACUGUAGCCUUUUCCAGCCAAGAUUCAUCCUCCUUUAAUACGCCAUUGUCUGUGCUACCACUGGAGCCCUGCACUCCCAGCAAGGAUAGAGCUUCCCCUGGUCUAGAGAUGAAUGAGGAAAGGAGUAUAACAAUUCCUCGCCCACAAGUACAGAAAAAACUACCAGAACCGGGAGCUGUGCUUUCACCAACAGUGACUUUGCUGCAAGGCCUUAGACAGGAUGAAAAAGAGGUAGCGGAAAGUGUAAAAAGGCAGGUGAUUCACCAGGCACUCAAUACCUCUCCUCUGACACAGUCUCAACCACCUAGCACAGAUCCAGGGCCUGACCUGCUUCGCCUACUAGACCCUCUAAGUGAAGGAGAAGAGCCCUCUGAACCAUCACUUCCCCCACAGCCUGCUUUGACUCCAUUUCAAGGCCAGCACUCACUUAAUCCGUUCACACAGGUCCCCCACUACUUCCUCCAAAAAUACUAUAACUCUGUACCUCCAGACAAUCCUUUUAGCACUACCUGCCUGUCACCACAAACUACUGCCUAUUUCCAUACCCCACCUGUCUUGAUGUUUAGUCAGGCUUCCCCUAUGGGUGGAACCACAAUGAAUGGGGCAUGGCCUGUUGACAGAGCCUCACCAGCCUCCAGCAAUAGCACUUCUCUAUUCAGUCUGAUUGAUUCUCCAGCCCCAUCCUGUCUAUCCCAGGCUCUACCCCCCACCCACCUGGCAGACAAACCUAAUGACCCCUUCAGUGACCUUCUCACCAUGGCAACAUCAUCCACAGUUAUAACAACACAAACAAAAAGGAAAAUGGAAGACUUGCAUAGAAAAUGGGAGACUUUUGACUAACCUGCCUGACUUGUCUCCUAACCAAUAAAGAUUCAUGGCAUUUAAACAGACAAUGAAUAUGUCAGCCAGGUUAAAGAUUUAAUUCAUACCCUUACAGUAAAGGUUAAGCUAGCACAGUUAGGCAGGAACCAGGUAUUUGACUCUGGGUAGUUACUAUAUCAACCACAUCCUCCAGCCUGGACACCAAUGAUGUUUCUUGUUAGAGCAGUGCCACAUUUGAAGUGCACACAAGUAUAUGUAUUGAUUUGAAUGAUUGCACGAGUAGUCAUUUGAAAUAAGUGAUUAUACACACUGUAGAUUAAACAGCUAAAACACGAAA